UUUUGUAGAUUUUAUGGGGUGUUAAAGCAUAAAAAUGUACUGUUAAAUUGUUCUUUCUAAGGAGAAAAAAAAGCAUUAAAUCUAGAGUUCAGAUUAAGAGUUAAUUAUCAGAGUUGAUUGUAAACUUUUCUUUAUCUUUUUUUUUCGUACUCUUAGGAAAGAUUGUUUUUUUAAAGAUGGUAGUUCUUGAAAUUUAUCUUAUUUUUGUUCUACUUCCAUACACAGUCUUUUCUGAGUCUUGCAGCGUGGAGUUUAUAAGAUCUGGUUUGGUAUCGAAAUUCAUUCCUACAGCUCCACAAGAAAUAUUAAAGAUCAAAUAUGAAGAUAUAAGUGUUGAAUGUGGAACAAAAGUACAGCAACAUCUUACAUCUAAUCCACCCAAAGUUGAUUUCUCAGCGAAUGAAAAUGAGCUUUACACUCUUUUAAUGAUUGAUCCUGAUGCUCCAACUCCUUUCAACCAUUCUCUCGCCUUUGUUCGCCACUGGGUAGUUGUCAAUAUUCCUGGCAACACGAUCAAUUAUGGAUUUGUAAACACAGAUUAUAUGCAACCACAUCCUGAGAAAGGCGGAGAUCAUACUCAUUAUCACAGAUAUACCUUCCUGAUAUACAAACAAAGCAAGACAGAACCUCAAGAAAAAUAUUCGGGUAGUAGACUCGGCUUUAAUUUGAUGGACUACGUAACAUCGCAUAAGUUGCAAACUUUGCUUGCUGGAAAUUUCAUGCAAGUUCGAGAAGAAAUGUAAAUUUGGAAGAAAAUAAAUUUAAUAAACAAUG